UAUACACGCGCACGGCCGACGUCACGUCCCCCCCGAUCAAAACCACACACGCCCGCCCUGAGCGGGGUUGUUUCAUCAGCCAGGCGGCGCCUUUUUAAUUCAUAUUGUGUGUAACUUUCGGGCGUUUGGGCGCUACUACCACGACACCAGAUCAUAAAAGACUUCUGGAUCGGCCAUAUCUCUGGGCCCGCUUUACAAUCUAUUGUGACGUCCGACCUCUUAUCCUCACGCGUAGUGGAGCUGUGACUGCCGCCCCUCUGUUGCAAUCUCUUCACACACGGCCAGCCCGACAAGCUGUUUUUAGUUGUAGCUUCUCCUCUACAUUUACAGACAUUCACUCAUUCAACCCAGGGCAAGAGGCACACUUACACCACAGUAUAGAAGACACACAGUCCCACAUAUAAAAAGAAAAUGGCGGACAAGCUGGCCACAUUUGGCAAGGCGCUGCUCCGUCGACGGGCCUUGGACUUCAAUGGCGAGGAGACCCGCUUCGCCCGCUGCCUGUCCACCCUGGACCUCAUCGCCCUCGGGGUCGGUUCCACGCUCGGCGCGGGCGUCUACGUGCUCGCCGGUGAGGUCGCCCGGGAGAAGGCGGGCCCGGCCAUCGUCCUGUGUUUCCUCAUCGCAGCGCUCUCCUCCAUGCUGGCCGGCCUGUGCUACGCUGAGUUCGGCGCCCGCGUCCCCAAGACGGGCUCGGCCUACAUGUACAGCUACGUGACGGUGGGGGAGAUCUGGGCCUUCAUCACAGGCUGGAACCUCAUCCUCUCCUACGUCAUCGGCACUGCCAGCGUGGCCAGAGCCUGGAGCUCCACGUUUGAUAAUCUUGUGGAGCAGAAGAUCUCUGGGUUCUUCAAGGUGGCCAUGGCUAUGAAGGUUCCCGGGAACGUGCUGGCUGAGUACCCGGACCUGUUCGCGCUCAUCCUCAUCCUGCUACUCACUGGCCUGCUGGCGUUUGGUGUGAACGAGUCAGCAUUGGGGAACAAGAUCUUCACGGGCAUCAACCUGGUGGUGCUGGGAUUCGUCAUCAUCUCGGGCUUCGUGAAGGGGGACAACGGCCACUGGGACCUGAAGCAGGACAACUUUGAGAACUUCUACAACAGCAGCACUUCUCAAAGCCCAUAAAGUCACGUCCAGAAGGACUUUGGUGUUGGCGGCUUCGCUCCGUUUGGUCUUAAGGGCAUCCUGUCUGGUGCAGCCACCUGCUUCUACGCCUUUGUUGGCUUCGACUGCAUCGCUACAACAAGCGAGGAAGCCAAGAACCCCAUGCGUUCCAUCCCCAUCGGCAUCGUGGCCUCCCUGCUCAUCUGCUUCUUUGCCUACUUCGGCGUGUCGGCGGCGCUCACCAUGAUGAUGCCCUACUACCAGCUCAACACGCAGAGCCCCCUCCCCGAGGCCUUCAACUACGUGGGCUGGGCGCCGGCCCGCUACAUCGUCGCUGUGGGCUCCCUGUGCGCCCUCUCCACCAGUCUCUUGGGCUCCAUGUUCCCCAUGCCCAGGGUCAUCUACGCCAUGGCUGAGGACGGCCUGCUCUUCAGGGUGCUCGGCAAGAUCAAUGGGCGCACCAAGACCCCCCUGCUGGCUACCAUUGUGUCCGGCAUCGUGGCUGCGUUGAUGGCCUUCCUGUUCGACCUGGCCGCCCUGGUGGACCUGAUGUCCAUCGGGACUCUGCUGGCAUACUCCCUGGUGGCCAUCUGCGUCCUCAUCCUCCGGUACCAGCCGGGCACCCUGGGCGGGUCCGUGCCAGGCUCCUCCAGCCAGACGGACAAGCUGGUGGAGCUAGUGGGCGGGGAGAAGGUGGCGGUGACCCGGGGCUGCGACAGCGGCGACGAGGACAGCGGGGAGCCCGAGGACGGGCCCCAGGAGGGCUUCACCUUGAAGCAGCUUUUCAUGCCGAGCCACAAGAGCCCCACCCUCAUCUCGGGCAACAUCGUCUACGCCACCACCGCCAUCAUCUCCGUCUUCAUCACCAUACUGUGCGUGGUGCUGGCCACUCACCUCCACGAGCUCAUCGCAGCGCGCCCUGUCGUGGUCACGGCCGUCGUCGUCCUGACCCUGCUCUGCGGCGUCUGCGUCGUCAUCAUCUGGCGACAGCCCCAGAGCAAGGAGGAGCUGACCUUUAAGGUCCCUCUGCUGCCCUGGCUGCCUAUCUUUAGCGUGUUUGUCAACAUCUACCUCAUGAUGCAGCUGGACCUGAGCACCUGGUGUCGCUUCGCAGUCUGGAUGGUCCUCGGCUUCGCCAUCUACUUUUUCUACGGCAUCUGGCACAGCAGCGAGGGCCCUAGCUCUCAACGCAAAUACGAGCCGCCCCUGCAGGCCAAGGGCCCAGUCUACCGGGGGGCCCCCAACGACAGCGACACGGAGGGGGGCAGCUCCCUCUAAGGGGGGGCCGGGGGGUAGGGGGGGGGGGGGGGGGGGGGGGGUCCAGGGCAUCAGGAAGGGCGAAGUCUCGACGGAUGCCGCCGUUUUGCACCCCGAAUGUGAACAGGAAGUGGGGAGGAUGUGGCGGGGUGGCGCAUGUGCUGACUUUAAAAAAGCCAGUUUGAACUGGAACGGGGAAGAGACCAGGGGCCGUAGCGAAGAGCCUCCUACUGCUGAGGGUUUCACCCCGGGGGCCCGGCGCCCGCGUGGUUGACCUCUCACCAGCAGACCUAAACGACCUGUUACAAAGGGCUGCGCCGCCGUGCUGCGUUCUCUUAUCCCUCCCUUCUCUCUCGGUUUAUACUGCUGUUUGUUAACUUAGGUAGAACUCUUUAAUUGUUUAGUCGUUUUUUUUAGACUUGCUCUUCUGCCAGUUCGGGGGCGGGGCUACUGGCGGGGGAGGAACAGUUUUAGUGCCUCCUUGUUUACUCGUGCCUUUUGGUUUUUGGGCCAGAUUGCUAAAUCAUGGCACCAGAGCAAACUGGUGAGAAAUAAAAAAGGCUAAUGCUAGAAGCACCGACUCGCCUCCAGACGUGAGGAGGUGACGUUAGAGAAGAGAGGCCUGUUUGCCAGUCGGGUAACCUGGCCAAAAGGCAUGUCCUGGUCCAUUCCCGAGUGGGCGGGGCUGUGUGGAGACACAAAGGGUGUCAUUGUUGUGGUUUUCAGGCCGACGCCAGGUUAAUAACGCUGUCCACGUCUCAUGUUCAUCAUCUAAACCUGUGUCCAAAGCAUUGCGUAAUGCUUCAUGUUUUUUGGGCAAAUCCUAACUUAUAAUAAGUCAAGUAGGGCGGCACUAGCUCGGGAGCUACAGAGGGUUGACUUGUAACCUGAAGGUUGCUAGUUUGAUCACCUGUUCCUUCUAACUGAGUGUUGAGGUGUCCCUGAGCAAGACGCCUCACCCUAACUGCUCUCGAUGAGCUGGCUGUCGCCUUGCAUGGUUGACUCCACCGUCGGUGUGUGUAUGUGUGUGAAUGGUUGUCGCUUUUGACAAUAGCAUCUGCUAAGGGCCCUAAAUGUAAACGUCAGUCAUCCGCCAUGAGGAAUAGGCGUGAUUCUGCUGAAGAUUUGAACCCCCCAGAGAAAGCCAUGGUAGAAAUUAUCCAGAAACCAUGCAUAUAUGUACUUGUAACAACCAAGAUUUCUUGACGUACCAUUCACACGGUAUGAAAAAUAUUCUGGCAGUUACUGUUUUUGUUUUCAUUUUUUUAAUUAGCGAGAUGUGGGACAGAAUAGGGAUGAAAUGGCGACUCCUGAUAAUCGUUAGCAUUUCUUCUUGCUUAACCAGUGAAGUAUUGAGAAACAACAUAUCAGCUAGUCAUUAUCCCACUGGGCAGGAUGUGCAGUUCAUCCAAAGGACCAGAGGAUGCGCAGUCUGAAUGUAAACGGAUGGCCUUGCGACAUUCAUGAGAGAUGUGGCCCUCGUGAUUCAAACUGGCCUUUAUUGUUAUCUUCUUACUGAUGUUAUUGCAACACAUACUUUUCUACAAUCCUGGUCUAUUACAGCUGCUAUGCCUGACAUCCACACAAUGUGUGGACGUCCUACCCCCGAGUCCCGGACGCCCGGAGUCUGUCUCUAUCCACGUCUGGUUGGUUAUUUUGUGUGGAUUGUGGAGAUGUGUAUAUAUCGUUUUAGAAUAUAUGUUGCUAUAGACGUCCCCUUGACUACUCACUGCUACACUUUUUUUCACUGUUUAGUUGUUGCUCAUAUUUUUAAUGGUUAUUUUUUUAACGUACAAAUUGCUGCUCAGAGGUGUUUGUACAUUUUGUUGUUUAAUAUUAACUUGCUGCAAAUCAACGUGGGAUCUAUUUUAAAAUUGUCAACACCUGCAGUGCUUAAACUAUUACAUGUACAGUUUCUCCCUCCUCUCGACCCGUACCCAAGUAUUUUUCAGUGGUUUCCGUUAAUUGAUUUUGCGCCACUAAAUGAACUAGUGAACCCAACUUGACCAAACAAAGCACACAGGGUUUCCAUCAGAGCAACCCCUCAAAGGGGCUCUAAAUUCUGUACAUUUAUGUCCUUCAUAAUUUAUGUUGAUUAGCUUAAAUGUUGUGAUUUUACCUUAGCUCCAUGCUUACUGUAGAUUGUACAGUAUUUGCGUAUAGCUAUUCUUUUUGUAUGAUAAUAAUAAUAAAUUGAUAUUUAUUAUUAUUAUUGUGAUAUAUAUAUAUUUUCUAAUCUGGAAGAGUAGUUCCUGCUAUAUCAGAGAAAUACAUUUUGGCGGCAGAAUGGCAUUUAGCCAUAAGCCUCAUUUCCGUUCUCUCCAGUAGUUUUUUCUGGACAUCAAUUGAACCAGGUGAUCAUUUGCUUCGCUGUAUAUGGGCUUGGGCUGUGCCAGGGAUGCCACAGGACGGGAACCAAAAAUGAAUUUUCCCCUAACUCUGGAGCGAGAUCUAAACUAAAACGAUGUCUGUUCUUCGGAAAGGCACUCAGGCUGGUAGGAGGGACGUUAGCCCUCCCUCCUCCUCCAUCGGAGCCCCCAGACCAUGUGGAGGUAGCUCUCCAUAGCUCUGCAGUUACAUGGUCCAUGUAACUCCACUCAUGAUCUUCCCACCGAUCAGUUUGAUUCAGCGCUUGACCGAGAACCGUACCCAGCCUCUGUGCCUUUUCUUUUUAAUAACAAUCAUAUCUCAUACACAUGCUUUUAAAUUAACACCAUGAUUUUUAUUUUGUCCUAUCUCACUCAGUUUAAUAUCUUGUAAAUAUCUUUAUGUACAAAUAUGGGCUGUACUUUUUUCUUUUUGAAUAAAACCUUGCUCAUUACAAUCCUA